AUGGUAACAGUAACUGUGCUAUGGGGUCGAACAUUGGCCGAACCGGACUGCAACAGUGUGCUAAUAACGAUGGCUCCAUGCAUUGAUUUCGUGACUGGAAACUCCUCGAACCCGACGGCCACAUGCUGCUCGAAAUUAGAUCAUGUUGUCGGCACACAACCGAGUUGCCUUUGCCUGGUGAUCAGUGGGGAUGGUAUACCGGGAAUGCCGAAGAUAAACCAGACGCAGGCUCUAGCACUCCCUGAACUUUGCAAUGUGACAGCUCCUAGCGAAUGCAAAAGUAAAAAAAAGGGACCAAUAUGUUCAAUUUCGUUAAAUUUAUACUUAUAUUAG